CAAAUGUCAAUCUGUCUUGGUGUUUUGUUGAAAUUGUUUGUAAUUUUUGCAAAUUAGCUGCUUUAUUUUACAGAUUUGUCGUUUUCUAUCAAAUAGUUGGAUAUAAAAUAGUGCAAACAUGAAUAGAAUAUUCGGUAGAGGUAAACCCAAAACCCCAGGGCCAAGCAUCACUGACUGUAUCAGUAGCGUUGAUAGUAGAGCUGAUGGCAUCGAACAAAAGGUUCAGAAGCUUGAAACAGAGCUUAGAAAAUACAAGGAUCAAAUGGCCAAAAUGAGAGAAGGACCUGCUAAAAACUCUGUGAAACAGAAAGCUAUGCGGGUACUGAAGCAGAAAAAAAUGUAUGAACAGCAGCUUGACAACUUAAGAGCCCAAUCAUUUAACAUGGAACAGGCAAACUAUGCAACACAAACAUUAAAGGACACACACACUACAGUUGCUGCUAUGAAAGACGGGGUUGCUUCAAUGAAAAAGGAAUUCAAGAAGAUAAAUAUUGAUACUAUUGAAGAUGUAAAUGAUGAGCUAGCUGAUAUGCUGGAGCAAGCUGAUGAGGUCCAAGAAGCACUUGGCCGCCAGUAUGGUAUGCCAGAAAUUGAUGAUGAUGAAUUGGCUGCAGAACUGGAUGCACUGGGUGAUGAAAUAGCCCUAGAUGAUGAUACAUCAUAUCUUGAUGAUGUGGUGAAAGCACCUGCUGCUCCAGACAGGGAACCCGGAGCUGAUAGCAUCAGAAACAAAGAUGGAGUUCCAGUGGACGAGUUUGGACUUCCCCAAGUCCCCACCACUGCACAAACAUCACGCUGACAGUAAUGAUAAAUAAAAUGUAAUAUAAAGGUAAGAAUGUUAAAUAUGUUUUUGGUUAUUGCAUUUCACACAGCACUAUAUAUAGUCUAUGCUUGAAUUUAAAGUUAAAGCUAGUAAAGUAAUAUAGGCUCAUUUCAUGAUUCUUGUUACAUACACUUGCAUAAAAUAUGGAUAUUCUUGGAAUAAAUAGGUCACAUUAAAAUUGAAGUAAUUGUUCCCAGUUUUAAAUAUUUUGUUCAAAAUAUUAUGACUGUUA